AUGACCUCAAAGGAGGAGCCAAAGUAUCAGACACCACCCACCUGCGAUCUGCUCAGCCUUCUGUUGAAGAACAGACGCCCCACUGGAGCUGUCAACGAGGUUUGGCCCAACCUCUACAUCGGAGAUGCGGCUGCAGCUCGGGAUAAAACCCUGUUAGCGAAACUGGAAAUAACACACGUGGUGAAUGCUGCAGAUGGCCCCCAGCACAUUGAUACCGGGCCAGGUUUCUACGCAGACGCCAGCAUACUGUAUCACGGAGUAGAAGCACCAGACUGUAAAGAUUUUGACUUGAGCCCUUUCUUCAGUGAGACGGCUGAUUUUAUUCAUGGUGCUCUGAGCCAAAAAGGGAAGGUGCUCGUCCACUGCGCUCGGGGAAUCAGCCGCUCGGCAGCUCUGACGCUGGCCUUCCUCAUGAUCAAAGAAAGGCUCACACUGGUGGAGGCUGUGGAGGUUGUGUGCCGGCACAGAAACAUCCUCCCAAAUGUUGGAUUUCUGAACCAGCUCCGUGAGCUGGACUCAUCCCUAUUCAUGUAGUAGAGCACAUAAUGCCAAAAAGGGGACAGUUUCAUAGUUGACAUUAUCUGUGCAGAUGAAAUAUCUAUAUAAAUCGUCCUGGUGGCUCCAUUUGGGUGGCUUCGGGCACCUGUAUCUUAAGUGAAUUAAAGCACCAUGUAAUCCAACUUGGCUUGAUGGGAUUUUGCUUAGCUUAGUCAAGUGAUACAUCAGCAUUCAUAAUAGCACACUUAAACACACAACAUGCAGAGCACAAAGUAGAACUGACAGACAAAUAUUUUGUCAGGUGAGCGAUCAGCACAGACAGUCUGCCUGUCAGAAAGG